AUGUCGUGGAGAAAUCAAGGCAUCACUGGCUCGAACAACAUUCCUCUUGGGAAGCGCCGCUUCGCUGAAGAGGAUGGGGUUACUGACGAAGAACCGAGUCGGGGUCGCGACCCAGAACCCAGAACUGAAGCAGAUGGUCCUCGCCGACGCAAGAAGCGCAACCGAUGGGGCGAUGCAUCCGAAAAUAAGGCUGCAGGCCUUAUGGGGUUGCCUACUGCCAUCAUGUCUAACAUGACGAGUGAACAGUUGGAGGCCUACACUCUGCAUCUUCGUAUCGAGGAGAUCAGUCAGAAGCUGCGCAUUGACGAUGUCGUCCCUGCCGAUGGGGACAGAUCGCCUUCGCCCGCUCCUCAGUACGAUAACCACGGCAGACGUAUCAACACGCGAGAAUACCGGUACCGCAAGAAGUUGGAAGACGAGCGACACAAGCUGAUUGAGAGGGCUAUGAAGACGAUUCCUAACUACCAUCCUCCACAGGAUUACCGCAGGCCCACUAAGACCCAGGAGAAGGUCUAUGUGCCUGUGAAUGACUACCCGGAAAUUAACUUCAUUGGCUUACUUAUCGGACCCCGUGGUAAUACACUCAAGAAAAUGGAGGGGGACUCUGGUGCCAAGAUUGCUAUUCGAGGCAAGGGCUCCGUCAAAGAAGGCAAAGGCCGGUCGGAUGCUGCGCACUCCAGCAAUCAGGAGGAAGAUUUACACUGUCUCAUCAUGGCCGAUACAGAAGAAAAAAUCAACAAGGCGAAGCAGCUUAUUCACAACGUCAUUGAAACCGCGGCGUCUAUUCCUGAAGGUCAAAACGAGCUGAAGCGUAAUCAGCUGCGAGAACUUGCUGCACUCAAUGGUACUCUCCGAGACGAUGAGAAUCAAGCUUGUCAAAACUGCGGCAAGAUUGGCCACCGCAAGUACGACUGUCCCGAGCGUCAAAACUAUACUGCCAGCAUCAUCUGUCGUGUUUGCGGCAAUGCGGGACAUAUGGCCCGUGAUUGUCCCGACCGACAGAGAGGUGCUAGCUGGCGAAAUGAUGGCCGGCCUGCAGGUAGAAUCAAUGGCGGUGAUGCCGUUGACCGCGAAAUGGAGCAACUUAUGCAAGAACUUGGAGGAGGCUCUGGACCUCCAGCCCGAAUCGAAGCUGGCCCCGGUGGCGGCGCGGAUCAAAAUGGAGCGGAUGCCAAGCCUUGGCAACGUGGACCAACUGGCGGCCCUGCUCCCUGGAGAUCCCGUAACCACGACUCCAACGACGGAGAGUCUCGAGGAUCUGGUGCUGCGCCGCCUUGGGCCAGGGAACGAAACCGCGGCGGGCAUGACCAUCAUGGGGACCGUGAUCGUGACAGAGACCGUGAUCGUGACCGUGACCGCGACCGCGAAAACGGCUACGGCCAAGGUUACGGUUCAUCUGGAUCAGCAGCUCCUCCCCCAUGGCAACAGCAGGCUCCUGGAACCCAGGGUGGGUAUCCUGGAUAUGCUGGGUACGGCGGUUACGCUCCUCCUCCUGGUAUGGGUGCGCCGCCCGGACUUUCCCAGGCUGGUGCCGGACUGGCAGCUCCUCCCGGCCUCGCCGGAGUAAAUGCCCUCAUUCAACAGUAUGCCGGAGGCGCUACACAAGCUCCUCCACCUCCUCCACCUUCAGGUGAUGCGCCGCCUCCGCCUCCGCCUCCUCCCGGAAACCAGCCCCCUCCUCCGCCUCCUGGCGCUUGA